AUGCAACAUGUUGAGCAGUCUGCAGCACCAACCUUUUUGAGGAGUUUCCUCAGCUCCUUGGGAUUUGCCCUGCAUGUGGUUGGUUUGAUCGGUGCCAAGCGAGUUUUGGAUUCCAGGCGCAUCAAGGGCCUAGCAGACAAGUGUUACCUUCAGAAGAAAAAGACGAGAUCGAGGUUGCCUCUAUCGGUUGCAGAACUGACAACACUGGAAGAAAUCGUUCUUGGUUACCGAGGACGUGGAAUCCCAGACAGACAUGCAGCUGGAUGUUUCCUUUUCAUGGUGUACGCACGCACCAGGUUUUCGGACAUGCUCAACGUUGGGCGUUUGGAUUUCGAAGCUGGUGAAAAUGAAGAGGGAUACAUAGAGGCGCAGGUUGCCAGGUCCAAAACCUCCUUUUCUGUCGACAGAAAGGUCCGUUUGCUUCCUAUGACAGCUGCAAUGCAUGGCGUCACUGCAGAACCUUGGGGAAGUGCAUGGAAAGCGGUGCUAGAGAAGACCGGCAUCCCCAUCACACAUGGAAAGCCGCUACUGCCUGGGAGGACUCCUGAUGGCUGGCACACUUUACCAUUGACUGCGGAGGCGGCAACGAGCUGGCUUCGUAGUAUGUUGCAGUCAGGGGAUCGAUUCCAAGAGGAGAGAACCAAGUCCAUAGGGACGCAUUCAUGCAAGUCCACCAUUUUGUCGUGGAUGGCGAAGUGGGGCUCUUCACCGGAUCUCAGGAGACUGAUGGGGUACCACGUCGCUGACAAGAUGUCAACGAUGCUCAUAUACGGUAAAGACAACACCAGUGCAGGGCUUCGCGAAAUCGAUGUGAUUCUUGAGGCGAUCAGGCAGGGUGAAUUUUUGCCCGAUGCAAAGCGAUCUGAGAUGUUUCCCAAUGCCGAUGAUGCUGCAAAGCUUCUGGAGAGCCAAGACCAAAGCGGUUUUGAUGGCUACUGUUCUGGAAGCUCUUCAGAGGACUCUGCAGAUGAGGACCAACCUGACCACCUGGCUCAUGAGACAGCAGAGAAUGCGAUCCUCGGCAAGUGGGACGCGGGUGUGGACGUCGACAAGCUGCCCGAAGAGGCAGUUUAUUUCAGGGCUGCCUCAGCGGGACUGAGCGAGGAGAUUCGGACCAGUUUGGAUGGCGUCAAGCGCAUCACAGGUCUGACGUUGCGUGGGCCCUUGGAACCAAGUGAUGGCCUUGUCGAUUUGUUCUGUGCGAUGUAUGAGGCAAACAGGCUUCGAUUUGUGCCUUGGGAAAAGUACACGGCAAAAGAAGCAGAGAUCGACAAGGAAGGUGAGCUGCAACGAGCAGAAUCACCUAGGAGUUCAAGUCACGAAGGUGACGCCUCAACUUUGAUUCCCGAAGUGGCAAUUGAAGAAAAGCCUGAAAGGUGCAGACAGUUCGAACACCUGUCCAUGAUGAACCUCUUCUUUCAGAUAAGCGGAUUCUACUUGAAGCAUUUGCGGGCGUGCCAGCCGGCAGCAAGCUUCUCAGAUUUGCUAAAGCGAAAAGGGGGAAUGCUGGAGAUGUACUGUGUCUUUGAGAGUCGUUUCGACUUCACUUUGGCUUCUGGCGGAAAGCUGUGUGGGAGCGUUGACGCCGAAUGGAAACAGAUGCCUGAAGAUCACACUUCCGCUGCAAUCAGGGCUUUGACAUCGAUGCUUGGGUUCGAGUGCUCUCUAGACAAAGAGCUACCUUUUGCGGAGACAGCAGAAAUGCUUGGAGUCGUGCUCGACCUGCAACAUGCCAGUGCUGGUACAAUCAAGGUAGCGAACAAGCCGAGCAGGAUGGACGAACUUAAGUCCACUGUGCAACAUAUCAUUGCUUCAGGCAGGGUUGUUACCAAAGACUUGCCAUCGCUUUUUGGAAGGGCUUUGUUUGUGGAAAGCCAAUUCAUGGGAAGAGAAGGACGGCUGGCCUUGUCGGAGCUGAGAGUCAUGGAACGCAGCAAAUCACAAUUUGUUGAACUUUCAGCUGCACAGAUGGAUGCUCUUAAGAACUUGCUUACGAGGUACCAUAAAGCAGUGCCGAGGUCUUUGAAGAUUGAAAGCACUUCCAUGCCGCUUGUUUUGUUCACUGAUGGUGCCUGUGAACCCGUUGGCGAUGACAUUUCAUGCACAGUGGGUGGAGUCAUGUUUGAUCCGAGAGGUGGCGGUCAAGUUGAAGUUUUCGGAGCACAUGUCAGUUCCGAAGUUGUAGAGUCAUGGAAGCGAGCUGGAAAGAAACAUCCGGUUGCGUUGACUGAGUUGUAUGCCGUAUGUGUUGCACGGCACUUGUGGAAAGACAGGAUGGACGAUUACAAGUGUGUGGUGUUUAUAGAUAACCAAGGCGAUGUGGAUGCUCUUAUCAAAGGAUAUAGUUCAGAAGAUACGAUGAAGUCCCUUCUGAUCCUGCUCGAAAAGCUGGAUGGUGACAAGCCGUUUUUGCCUUGGUUUUGCAGAGUUCCCUCUCAGUCGAACAUCUCGGAUUUGCCUUCCAGAGGUAGGUGGAAAGAGUUGCGUGAGAUUUUGCCAGAUUAUGUCUUUGUAGAAGCAGUUUGUCCGUUUGAUUCCAAGAAACUCCAUACCGUUUUGCAAGAGGAAAAGCAUGGCUGA